AUGAAGCUGCUGCUACUGUGCCUGGGGCUGACCCUGCUCUGUGUCCAUGGUCAAGAGAAGCGUGACGUGGUGACCAGCAACUUCGAUAUGGCAAAGAUUUCCGGGGAGUGGUAUACUGUUCUCUUGGCUGCAGACUCGAUGGAAAAGAUAGAAGAAAAUGGUAGCUUCAGAAUGUUUAUGGAAUACAUCCAGGCCUUGGAUAACUCUUCUCUGUUACUCAAGUAUCAUAAGGAGAUCAACGGAGAGUGCACUGAACUUCCUUUUGUUGCUGAUGAGACAGAAGAGGAGGGUGUAUAUGAUGUUCCCUAUGAUGGAUACAAUUGGGUACAAAUAGCCGAAGCAGUCUACAAUGAAUAUCUUAUUUCUUAUACCUUGAAUAUUGAUCAUGAGAAAAUAACCAAGAUUAUCGAGCUCGAUGCCAGAAACCCAGAUGUGAGUCCACAACCCAAGAAAAGGAUUGAGGAACAUUGCCAAAAGUAUGGAAUCCCAACAGAAAAUGUAGUGGAUGUGAGCAAUGCUGAAACUCAUUCGGUUUCUCUCUGGGCAAUAAGAGGAUGCUUGUUGACUGUGUUCUGUUCUGCCUCUGCAGACCCCUGUUCCCAGGCCCCAGGGAACCAUGGAUCCCAGAGCUCCAGUGCAGAGUGA